AAGAGUGGACAAUCUCAGGAACGCAGCCAGUUUCGCUCUUGCACUCCUCUCUGGAACCCCAUGCAGAAUAAUCGUCACCUGAAAACGGCACACCCACGUUAACCUGCAAAAUCUUUCUCGCAACGUAUGUACCAUUGAUUGUAUUCUACCAAGUCGACAGAACCAAGGGAAAGCAGUGCACGUAAAGUGGCAACAAAUACGAGUUUAUCAUUUUAUGCCCGAGUUGUGGACCUGCGUAUCGUCGUCUCACUGGAGCUUGGAUUGGUUUGGAUUGGAUAUAUAAGGAGCCAAGUGCUGUCAAAGACAUUCAUCAGUUCACAAAGUCGAGCAUUUACGACUACACUUUGCUCUCCUGCAGUAGCUCUUCACCACUCACUCUGCACCAGUGUCAUUGGUUGCUCGAGAGCAAUACUUGGUAAAAAAAUAGUGUGUGAACAAAACUUGCACCUACACGAGUUAUUAUUGUCCAGAGAAAUUGGUGUGGAUUUUUUAGCCAAGGGCGAGUAAGUUUCUGAAAAUGGGUUACACAGAGAACGGGAAAGUGGUGAUUGUGGCGGUGGGUGUCCUGUACUAUGUCCUGACCUCCUCGGUCUCCACGGGGUCACCACAACCCUUCAAGAGACGUGGGAGUAGGAGCACCCCCCUCUUAUCCACCACGACGACCAACGGUAUCAACCCUCUCGCGGCGGAGGGGGGCGGAGAAAAGUUUGGCAACGAAACCUAUUUCAACGACAUUGGGGAGAUUUGCAACGCGGAGGCGGUUCUGCAGGGGGGCGGUCUUCCUGCCUCCUCGGGAGGAGGGGGGUCCACAAACCUGGCUCACCGCUGUCGCAAGUUGGACAUUGGAGACAUCAAGAAACAUUCGCUGCUCAUGAUUAAGCAGGAAAUUUUGAGAAAGUUGAGACUGGACGAGAGCCGACUCCCCAACAUUUCCGCAGCUGGACACCCCAUCCCAGCCGCUUACCUCUCAGAGUUCUUCCAGGGCCAGUACCAGGGCGACUCCCCCAACACCGAGUUCGACGAUGACGAGCACGCUAAAACCGAGAAAAUUAUUGCCUUUGCUAAAAUAGGUCAAAAGAAAAUCAACAACCAUGCCAUCCAUCACUUUAGCUUUUCCGACAAGUUGGGGAACAUGAAGAUUGAGGGGGCGACCCUUCACGUCCACGUCAAGUUCCUCACUCCCAACGCGGACAAGAAGUCAUAUUCCAUCCGCCUCAUGGAAAUCGUGCCCACGUUGGCCAAAGGAGACUCGCCAGUCUCCAUCCAAGUCGGGUUGUUCAAGCCCAACUCUCACACCACGUCAACCGUAACGUCAGGUGGGAGACAUCGGCCGCAAACCAAGUGGAUCCAGGUGGAAGUGAAGCAAGCCUUGGUGAACUGGAUGGCGGAGAAGAAGUUUGGCUCCUCCAAGAAGAUUGCCCUCAUCAUUGAAGCCGUCGAGGCCAACGGGCUCCCAUCCAAGGACGUCGCGAUCGAGACGGCCACCAAUGACAUCAACAAUCAGUAUCCCUUCAUUGAGGUCCAAGUUUCUGAAAAUGGCAAGUCCAGACCCCCACGAAACUUGGGAAUGACGUGUGACGAGAACUCUCAAGAGGACAGGUGCUGUCGAUAUCCUCUCACCGUGGAUUUUGAAGACUUUGGCUGGGACUGGAUCAUCGCGCCCAAAAAGUAUGAUGCCAACUACUGUUCCGGAAAGUGUCCCUACGCCUUUUUGCAGAGGUAUCCCCACAACCACAUCGUGCAGCAGGCCAAUCCUUCGGGGGUUGGGGGCCCAUGCUGUGCAGCCAGGAAGAUGUCAUCAAUCUCCAUGCUCUACUUCGACUCUGACUCCAACAUUGUUUUCUCCGUACUUCCGGGGAUGGUGGUGGACAAGUGCGGGUGCUCAUAAUUGCACUCAAAGUACGAUAUUUAUUUUUAGGGUUCAGUUUAUUUUCAAACCAAUUUCUCAACUUUGAAUUCCCUCUUUUCUUAUACAACUGGCAAUAUUUAUUUAGUUGUGCCGAUCAUGUUUGUUAGUUCGCCUCUAUAGUAUUUUCAUGGGUAGCAUGUACAACAAUCAACACCAGAAACGAUCAAUAUCAUCAUCGCAAGACGUGUGUGAUACCCUGCACUGUUCAUAUUUUUAUACUUUAGUUUGUUGUCAAUUAGUACAAAAAUACCAUUUAUUUUCGUACACACCUUUUCACACUUUUUAAUUUUAUUACGACUAUAGUAUCGCUAAUUUUAGGAUUCGUCUAGUUUAACACAGUUUAAUGAGAGCAUCCAAUCACGGUGAAUUGUAGUUGAAAGAGUCAAGAGUCAUGCAAUUGUUAACCAAUCUCAAAUAGCUUGUAUUAAUUAAGAGUAAUAUAGCGCAUAGGAUUUUUAUGGCAUGACUGACAUAUAAUUUAGGAGAUAUUUAGAUAUAUUUAGGAUGACAGAGAGGAAGCCGAAUUUUCUAGGGCUUAGUUCCAAUUAAGGCAAGCAGUAUAAAAAGUUGUACCGAUUUAUGUAACUCAAAUAAUGGAUAUUUACUACUUUUACAUGCGACCCAUGACACACACCAAUGCCACUUGCUCAUUAUACCGACGACUGUGAAUAACUCGUCAAGAAUUAUAGGACAGAGUGUUUUUUAGGGCCCCACAGUUUGAGCUAGUUUGAAGUUUGAUUGCAACCACCCACUCUGGACAUACCGUGAUAAUCAAUCAAAUCGUUUAGGAGUCCUACGAGAUGGGCAAAGUGAUUUGAGCGCAGUUUGAUUCGAGGGCUUUCACCAUAAACUAUCCUCCACUUUUUUGUUUAGUUUAAAUAGAAUCGAAUCCAAAAAGAGUCAUUUUAUAGUAAUUAUUCGAAGGAGUCAUCACGAUGACACGAGUCGACCCCCCACACAGUCAUACUUACGAAGAUGAUAUACAUACAUUUGUCUGCCGGCUUCACUUCGUUACUAUUAAUUAGGUUCAUGUGUGUGGUGUUAUGUUUUUGAUUUAUCAUGAUUAUCAUGAUCAUUAUUACUCAACGACUCCAGCUCUGUCAUAAAUUAGGGAGACAAUUGUCAGGCUCGAAUCUCACCCGUCAGGUCCACUCGAAUCGAAUGGCAUGUAAAGUAUGGAUGAUUACAGUAACUCUUGUGGGGUCAUAGUUCCUCUUCUCCAACCAACCAACCAUCCGGCCCAGUAGCAUCUAGAAAUUACUAAAAAUGUCAGAUUCAUCUAAUUUGAAUUCGAAAUCUAAAAUUGUUAAAAUUCCUCAACUAUCUAUUUAAAGGUUGUUUUGUAGUCUACUUUUUACUAACUUAGUUUUAGAUUAUCAUUUGCUAUUGAUGUACAAGUCUGACUUAAAUAGUUUAAAGUGAAGCCCAUUACACACAUUGUCUCAAUUAUUUACAACCACUUGCGGUUUAAUGUAUGUAAAUAAAAUGGGUAAUAUAAGCCGAGCUUAUUUUGUAUCUCUCUCUAAUAGCAAAGAAUAGGGAUCCAGAAACCGUGUUCAAUCGUCGAUAUGUAAAUUUUGUUAUUAUAAACAACAUCGUUCUUGUUUUAUAACUAUAAUUAUAUGAUUAUCACGUAUGCAUAUUAAAUCCGUAGCGUAAUGGAGAGUUUGAAAGGUGUAAAUAUUUAGUUGUGGGCGCCUGUAUGAUUCUAGAAAAAAAGUGUGUAGAUUUUUGAGCUGGGGUGUGACUGCGUCCAACUCCUCCCUCGACCAAUUUAGAAUGUUAUGUACAUUGCAUAGCCAUAAUUUACUAAAUAUUUGUAAAAUGUAUGGCCAAUUAUCCCCCGUGAAAAUACUUACACGACCCAUACUUACUAGGAUGCAAUUCCUAGCAUCAUCAUAAUAUUAGCGCGUGCACUUGUACAAAAAUUGAUCAAGAUUGUAUGUUUUAUCGUUUUUGUAAGGAUAGGAUAGGACCUGCUGAACAUGAAAAGUAUACUUUGCAAUUAAAUUAUUAAAUGAUAAUAAGAAUACGAACUGUUUGUGUGAGAUUAGUAAGUUAAGAGAGAGGGAGAUAACUUAUGCACCCGUGAAGGGAACAGGUGACGGAGAAGAUAAGGGACGAAAGGAAUUCCACAUAAAUAGCUUACAUUUUGUGAUAUUUCAAGUUUAUAUAACGUGUAUGUAUGUAGAAUGGGAAGAAGAAAGUAGUCUCAUUCUUCCCCGUAUGUAUAUACUACUAACUUACUUAGGAUUAGAGCUGAUACUGCUAUUAUAUCACAAUGUUCAUCAACUGAACUGAAAAUAAAGAAAAGUUUUAUAAAAAUUA